GGAAUACCUGCGAGCUUUUCUAGUCCAAUUGGCCGUGCUCUCGAAUCAUCAAAACGGAAGAGACACUCACAUCCGGCAGAUCAAAAUCUACGGCCCUCGCCAGAACGCAGUGAUCGGGCAUCCAUUUUGCUUCAACACCAUCGACUUUAGCAUGAGAUCCAGUGUGCGCUGACGAGAAUAAUGGUCAAAUUUGCUGAACUUCUAGGGUUUAAAGGUUUUUGGAUGGCUCAAGAGUGGCUGAGCGAUUGGACGUCACGGAACCAGCAGGAGCUGGACGCGAUCCACUGCAACGUAAGAAUAGCCGAGAACCAUGGCAGCGAGUACUCGGUGGCCGUGGAGAUUGGGAGUAUGCAAAUGGUGGUGAUGAUGCCGGCGGCGCUGGUGAUCGGGGUGGAGGUGGCCGACGAGCUCGAGGACCUCUUGGGAGAUCUCAACUCGAAGCUCCAGGAUUUGGCACCGGCCAAGCUCCACACGGUUCUAGACAUGCUACUGGCCACGAUCAUGGGUUUGGACGCGAGGAGGAAGAGGCAAAAGGUGGCGGACGACGAUGGUGGCGGUGACGAGGACGACGAGGACGACGAGGACAGGGUUGGGAUCUUCGAGGGCGAGGACUUCGUGGACGAGAACUCGGAGUUCUUCUCCCGGUCCCCGAGCUCUCUAUACGGCCUGGCGGUGGCAGCGGCGAGCGCCUGCGAGGCGGACCCGGCGCUCAAGCACUGCAGGGUGGCGGUGGAGAUUGGCAUCAAGGUGGCGCUCCGGAUCGGUCUUCUCAACGCCAGGAUCGCCCACGCCUACGGCCUCGUCACGGAGAAGCCGCUGGAGAUCCUUCUCAAGUUUGAGUCGGUGUGGGGGAACGCGCGGCUGGCUCCCAAGAAGAGCUUCUAUCCUCGGAGCGUAGAGGUGACGCAGGGCGGCGAGCUCAAGGCGGAGAAGGCCUCGUACGCGCUCUCGACGAUGCUCCCCGACCUGGUGAGAGUGUUCUGUGACUUCUACUGCCUGGGCAGCCGAGGCGAGUGGAGCAACUAUAUCAUGAGCUGCCAGCUCCAGCAGGCGGCGGCGCGCGAGAACCCGGUGCUCGGCCUCGUCUCCUUCAUGGCGCUGCAGCUGGAUAUGCUGUGGGAGAGCUGCCCGUUCUGCUACAGGCUCCUCCCGGCCUCGACGUUCAAGGUCCAGCCGUGCAGCAACGAUCUGUGCCAGUUUACGUGCCAGGAGACCGGGCUGGGAUCCAACGUCCUGGAAGCCGUGCGCGCGAGCCCGGCGGUGGUGGAGCUGGAGGUGGCGUUCAUGAAGUUCGCGUCGCUGUCCACGACCCGGGACGUGCUGGAGCCAUUCCCGAGCUUCAUGCUCAAGGAGAGGGAGCUACGGGAGAGCAACGGCUGGUUUGGAUCCAUGAACAAGUCCCCCAACUUCGCCAACAAGAUGGUCGGGCUGGUGUCCCAGGCGCUCGAGACGGUGCCGCCAGUGGAGCGCCUGGCGCAGUGCUCGAGCGAGGCCGAGGUGGUGGCGCUGCUGGAGGAGGAGUGGCAGCGGUGCGCGGCGGCUGGCAAACCGGAGAGGCUCCCGCUCAAGCUCCUGCGCUUCUGCCUCGCCACGGACCGGCUGAGCUUGCGGCAUCUGGGCGAACAGGAGCGGCUGCCCAUUGCGUGCUCGGACCAAUUUGUGGUGCUCUACGACACGCCCGAGCAGGAGGCGGUUCUAGACUCCUCCACGGCCUCGUUCUUUGCGUUUCACGGCAGCCCGACUUAUAACUGGUACUCGAUUCUCCGCAACGGCGUGCGAUCCAUGAGCAACACGCGCUACAUGUCGACCGGGGCGGCGUCCGGGAUGGGAAUCUAUGCAGCCACUACACUCGCGAUGUCCCGGGGCUACUGCAGCGUCGGCGGGAGUGGGGCUGGGUAUGGGAGAUUUGGCACUGGGACGUCGUGCGUUGGGGUGAUUGAGGUGUUCGCGCCGGUGAGCCUCAGCCAUUACUAUGUCAUCCCAAAGGAGCACGAGAAGAGUGUCGCGCUGAGGUACCUCAUCGUCUUCGACGGUGUGGGUGGGUACCAUAGCUCCGGCACCAUCUCGCGGGACGUUUUCCUGGAUGGCAAGAUCAAUCUCGUGAAGCACCAUCGCGAGCUUCGCAAUCGAUUGUAGAACUUUUUCAAACACUAAACUGACUCAAAACUUAUAGAGUUA